UAGGUAUAUGUUUUUUUGUACAUUGACGUAAAAUAUCAAACAAAUAAAUGUUUUUUAAACGACAUAUUGUUAUUGGUAUAGCGAGAAUACUGACUUUAUAACAACUGUCGAUGAUUGUAAAGUACGAAAGUCUUUCCCAUUAAUCUAAAUACACGAUAAAGAAAAAAGAAAGCCUAAAGUCGUGAAUAUACGUGCCAUAACUUAUGGUUAACGUUGCCAUCGUCGAGUUUAUUGUCGUUACGGCCAUAUUAUACAAAACAUAUAACAAACGACAAAGCGCGUAUGGGGCAAUGCGCACACACGGGCGUUGAAAAUUUUUUACCAUUAUUUCGUAUAAUAUACGACGUGUACCGCUUGUCCGCCGCGCCGUCGUCGACCUUGCAAAUUUUCUUUUCCUUAUUACCGACGCCGUAUACCGUUUUUACACGGUUCUUAUACGCGAUGUAAGGUGAGCGUAUAUUAUAUAUAUAUAUUACAUAGGCGAAUAUACCACGGUCGCGUACAUACAGGUGCAGGUCGUCGCCGUCGUCGUGGUCGUCGUCGGGGGUUGCGAAAACAGCUUCACGGGCUAUUUGCGCGGUAUGUGUCGUAUUUCGAACGUGUCGCGUAUUUCUAUUGUGUGACGACCAUGUAUAUUAUGUGCAUAUACGCGCGUUAUACACGCGUUUGGUGAAUUUUAUAUACAUUUUUUUUCUACCUACUUGUGACGAAUCGCAGCCGACGGUGCGGGUGUACCGUAUACGUACGUACGUACGGUACGUACUCGGAGGUCGACCAUUAUUAUCGUAACCUUACGCCGCUGAUAUAGAAAGAAAAAAAAGUAAAAUGUAUGUAUGUAUAUAUGUGAAAAAUGAUUUUCCGCCCGCGCGAAGGCCGCAGCUCCGUUGCUGUAGCAAGUGAGUGCGUGUUUCGAAACCGCCGCCGCCGUGAAAGGUGCUACCGCCGCCUAUGUGCGACGGGUUAUUGUUACCGUGGUAUAGUGGUAGUGGUUGACGAUGAUGACGGUGGUGGUGGUGUGUUACCCGCUUUUCCGGGCCGAUUUUCCCACCACCGUGGGAUUUAGGUUUCAUAUAUAAACUCCAGACGACCGCAGCAACAGUACCACAAUCAGUCUUUCCUUCGUUUGACUAACAAUAUCGUGCCAAUACAUAUAGAUAUAUUCAAACAAACAUGGGUUCUAUAACUCCUCUGAUAACUAUCGCGUGUUUGGUCGGCUUGACGUCUUUUGGUGCGGCCAAAUUGAGCGAUAACGAAGUAGCAGAAGGAGUCAUAAAGCACACGCACUACCAUACCGGUGACGUGGAACACGCGCACAAACACGACGGCGAGGCACACCACGAACACCACCACAAGGGAAGCGCCGAACACGCCCACCACCACGGCGGAGAAUUCGGACACGGACAUCAUCACGGAGGCGAGUUCGGGCACGGUCAUCAUCACCACGGUAGCGCCGACCACAAGCAUCACCACGGCGGUGAAUUCGGUCACGGACACAAGCACCACGGUAGCGCGGAACACAAACAUCACCACGGCGGAGAGUUCGGACACGGACAUCAUCACGGAGGCAAGUUCGGACACGGUCAUCAACACCACGGUAGCGCCGACCACAAACAUCAACAUCACGGUAGCGCCGCUCACAAGCACCACCACGGCGGAGAAUUCGGACACGGACACGAACACCACGGAAGCGCCGAGCACAAGCACCACCACGGCGGAGACUUCGGACACGGACACCAUCACGGCGGAGAAUUCGGACACGGACAUCAACACCACGGUAGCGCCGCCCACAAGCACCACCACGGCGGAGAAUUCGGACACGGACACCACCACGGAGGCAAAUUCGGACACGGACACGAACACCACGGAAGCGCCGCUCACAAACAUCAUCACGGCGGAGAAUUCGGACACGGACACAAGCACCACGGUAGCGCGGAACACAAACAUCACCACGGCGGAGAUUUCGGACACGGACAUCAUCACGGAGGCAAGUUCGGACACGGUCAUCAACACCACGGUAGCGCCGACCACAAACAUCAACAUCACGGUAGCGCCGCUCACAAGCACCACCACGGAGGUGAAUUCGGUCACGGACACGAACAUCACGGAAGCGCCGAACACGCCCACCACCACGGAGGAGAAUUCGGACACGGACAUCAUCACGGAGGCAAGUUCGGACACGGUCAUCAACACCACGGUAGCGCCGACCACAAGCACCACCACGGUGGCAAGUUCGGACACGGACACAAGCACGGCGGUAGCGCCGAACACGCUCACCAACACCACGGCAAGGCCGCUCACGGUCAUCACCACGCCGGUCACUCCAAACACCACCACAAGCACACCGUCUAAUCCGACGUCAUCCGACGGACGAGACGACCGCGAUCACCAGUCGCACCACACACCGCCGUACAUAAACGAUCCUGCGAGGACACGAAGGCGACGAGGUCGGCACUCGUCUCCGACUCCUCCCCCAAUCUCUUACCCCGCUGCGUUUGGUAUUGACUUUAUGAAUACGGUAAAGGUUUUCGGGUUCUUCGAUUACUACUUGUUUCCAAAGUUUCCAGAUCCGACUCAUCUCGUUUUAUGUUUCCAGUCUUU